AUGAACUAAAAGCAUCCUGAUUUCAUUUUUAAUCCUUAAGUAAAGCUACCUGACUAUGAUGGAGUGAAUGAUAAAUACCUAUAAUAAUUCUUUGAAAAGAAGUAAAUAAGAAGGCACUUGAAAAAAAUGGGGUUGUAUAAAAAAAAUAAUGAAUCUAACAAAGAAAAUAUAAAAAAGAAAGAAUUAUCUCCUUUAAAGCUUAAAACAGAAAUAGCAGAUAUUACAAGAACUGGUAAGGAUGAAGAUAGCGACAAAAUUAGAGCAAUUGAGAUGAGAAAAUAUGCUCAUUCUACUAAUACAAACAGAAAAACCACUUUACCUAAUGAGAGAGUUGCUAAAAAUAGCAUGCUGCUUCCUUCCUUAAAUCACAAUGUAUUGAAAUUCUAUUAAUGUAAAUGA